AUUUCUCUCCCCCUGCUCAUACAGUUCCUCGUUCUCUCCGCCUCUUUUCGAUAAUCUUAUCUUAAUCUCUUCUCCAUGGAAGCCUUGAAUACUUUUGCCGAUGCUCGUGCCCCAGUCGCACCCCCUGCUUCGGGUGUUGUUGCUGAUGAUCCCAAUCAGAGGCAGCGCUUUUUCGUAGAACUGGCUCCGGACGAAACUACUAUAGUUUCGUGGAAAGCGCUGGUCCAAGAGGCCAACAAUGGUGUGGUAGCUGAUGAUUCCUCCAAUGAGAAAGAGGAAUUGGGAGAUAAUAUAAAAGUAGAGAAAUCAAGAAUCAAAGAAGGUGGUUCCAUUGUCAAGCGAGAUAUAGUGCAACACAAAAGUGAUAAAGAGAAAUCCUCUAUAUCAUUAGAAGUCCUGAACAAAACAAUGAGGAAAGUAAUAAUGGCUUUCGUUACAAGUGGCGCACUUCAGAAACUUCAUGAUUUGAAGUCUGUGCAGCAUGAUUUACCAUCCAGAAGUUCAAUGAACAAGACGUUUUCACCCACAGUAAGCAGCCAAACAAUAAAAGAGGAUAUAAUUUGCCUGAUCUUAAUCUGGUGUUGCUGGAUACCUCCACAGAAUCUUCAUCCUCUGCCGAUUCAUCAGCUACCACGUCACUGUUAGCGUUUUGGACCAGCGUUUUCCACGAAACUAUAGUUGCUUUGGCUAGAGCCAGUUCUAUGAAAAAUCGCCGCCUUUGAUUGGGAUCAGCAGCAACAACACCCGAAGCAGGGGGUGCGACGGGGGCACGAGCAUCGGCAAAAGUAUUCAAGGCUUCCAUGGAGAAAGCAAUUGAGAUAUGAUUAUCGAAUAAACUGGUUAAUUGAAAAUGUGAGAUUGGGGGAAAAUAUGGAGUGACGGAGGUGGUGUAUGAGGAGAGAAAUGUAAUUGAAUGUGACAGCGGGACGAGAGCAUGUGUGUGUAUAUGUAUAGAUAGUGGAUAGAAAGAUAGAUGUAUGAGAAAUGAGCAAUGAUAGUUCGUAUUAAUUUCUAAAACCAACUUUUGGUGUUUUUAAGCAUUUUAUUUAAUGUUAGUUUUUAUCUGAAUA